GUGUCCGAACAACAUGGGUCUCUACAAUAGUACGAUAUUGUUCCGCAGACGAGCUCUCGUGACUCUAUUUGUACUUGAAAAUGUAUUUCUUACUUAUAAAUUUAUUAGCGAACAACUUGUAACACCCUCCCUUUCCUCUUUAUAUACCCGUCUCCUCUUUCUUCCUUCCCUUCCCAUGUCUCUCUCAUUCUCUUUCCCAAAGUUCUAUUCUGAAGAAGAAGCCGUCCGGUUUCAUAGGCCCGUUUAUGAAUCUGGGUUAUCGCCGGCCGAAAGCCAGGAGGUUUGGUCUCGGUUUGAAGAUCCGGGCGAGUCGAUCUCAAGUUCCCAAGGCUCGUGCCAAGCCGUCUCUUCGAUCGACGGUGGGAGGAGAAGGAAUCGAAUGAUGUCAAACCGAGAACCAGCGACGCGGCCCAGGUUGCGAAAGAUGAGAUAUUUUGAGAGCCUGACGGUUGAAGCCGACCGGCUGAAAGUGAAGAAUGAAGAGCUGAAAAGGCAGUUGAAUUUGGUGUCGAAGCGUAGUUCCAUGGUGCGAAGACAAAAUGAGAGAUUGUGGUCGGAAUUUGUGGCGCUUCAAGCUCGGCUGUCAGAACUUUCCCAGACUUCUGUUUACCUAUAGGAUAAUAAAUCUAAAUGAGUUGAGCUAUGUUUAUACUAAAAUAAUAUAAUAUUACUUUUAUUUAUAGUCAACUAUGCCAAAUGAAACCGAUUGAACCAUGUGCUACAAUCACUCUUUUGGCAAUAAAACAGCGAUUGUUGUGUGAC